GAAUUAACAUUUUGUGAUACUGCGUUUCAUUAAAUGUGAAAGUAGAGGGGCUUAGGGCUGGGCUGGCCAUGUCCAGUUUGGUUGCGUUUGUGCUGAGCAUUUUUUCUGAGGACGAGAGAGGUAACUCCGAGAAGUGCAAUGCAAAGCAGCGAAUAUGGGGUAAAACAACGAGGGAUCUCUUACGUGUGUUCAACAAAUUUCAAGAUGGCAAUGAACGACUGCCAAUCCAUCAGAUCCGCGACGUGUUCAACAGCAUCGGUCUGUACCCCUCAAAUUCACAAGUGUUUGAAAUGGUGCAAUGUGCAGUGGAGUAUGGCAGCCCCUGUGAGCCAGAUCAUAUAACUUUUGGGGAGUUUAGCAUACUGGUGACAGAGCUCCAGAAUUACUACAGCAAGAAACUCUCGCCUCCCGUCCCCAAAUCCAUGUACAGGGAAAAGUGUCAGGACACAAUGGAAUGCUCCAAGUGGAAACGAAAAGUCUUCUUGGGUGGUUCUUGUAACCCUACCACAUGGAGACAGGAGGCAGCAAUCCCAUUCUUUAAGAAAAAAGGAAUUACUUUCUACAAUCCACAAGUCCAGACAUGGCGUCCGGAGUUGAUGGAGGUGGAAGCUCAAGCAAAGGAGAGUGCAGAUCUCUUGCUGUUUGUGAUUGACAACAGAACUAGAGCAGUAUCUUCAAUGAUCGAAACAGCUUAUUUAACAGCGCGUGGCAGACAGGUGAUCGCAGUGAUGGAUGAUUAUAAUGCUACAGAUGUAUAUUUCAAUCGGGAGAGAAUCUCUGCCAGGGAACUUGAUGAUAUACUUCGAGGUCGUCAGAUUCUUGUCGAUCUGAUUGAGAGAAAUGCCCUCCCUGUUUUCAAGGACAUCAAUACGGCUCUGAGAUGUGCUGCACACGUAAUACAAAAGAAUGUCCCUGUAUCUGAACUCAGUAAAGAACAAGGUGCAGUCCCAACCAAAUAUGGCUUCCUGAAAGUGGGAGAGCUGCUUCUACAGCUCAGGGAAGCUUACAACUCUAUGAAUACGUCCACCAAUGGGAGAUUGAGUUUCUCUGACAUUUGCUUGGCCCAUAAGAGCUGCAUGGGUUAUGAUCUGGACAUUAACUGGCUGAAGAAAUGCAAUGCUGAUGAAAACACUACCUUCAGCUUUGAAGAGUUCUGCUGCAUUCUGGCCGAGAACCACUCGCAGAAGAAAUCCUUCUGGAAGAGGGUCAUCGACAUAGCGAGGAAUAUCCUGCCAAUAAGUGUAUCCCAGCAUUCCCUCUGUGUGGAUUGUAACAAAGAGUAUGAUUCGACCUUUGACAUUUACUUGGGAGGAAGCUGUGGAGAUUCGGAGUGGCGUGACAAUAUUGCCAUCCCAACUAUGAGGAAGUAUGGUUUGUCAUACGCCAAUCCUUACAACAAGUCAGAGUGGAAGCACAAGUUUAUUCCAAUGCAAGUCGCCAGCCGGGAAAAAUGUCGAGUUUUAUUGUAUGUCAUCACUGGCAAAACACGCUCCCUGUCCUCAAUGAUAGAGGCUGGGUAUUAUAUUGGAAAAGGUUGUAAGGUGGUUCUCUGUGUUCAGAAGAUGGUGCCCGACACUUACGUUGGAGGAGAGAAGAUAACGAAAGCUGCAGCAGAUGAUUACAACAGGGGGCGCUCGUAUCUGAUUGACCUCGCGAGUCGGGAGGGCAUUCAGCUGUUUGAGGACAUUACAGAGGCUGUGGAAUGUGCCAUAGACAGCUUGCCAGAGCGAACCUCAAUGUCCACUGUCUCCCGAGCAGGAACCCCACAGAAGAAUUCCCGCCCAAACACUCCCGUGAAGAUUCGUAAUUCGACCUUGUAGAAAAUUUAGUGAUUACUCCCAACCCCAGGGAAUUCAUCAUUAGGAGGUUAUCACUCUCCUGUCGUUGUUGCUCUAGCAAUCCUUGUUGCUGCUGUAGCAACCCUCACUCAUGUGGCUUGAAGCACUGCAACAACCUGUGACCAAUCAAAUGGAUGUUGGUGCAAAUACUUGGUGCCAGUCACGUGACAUUUCCCUCUCCUGUAUAUCUUUGACCAAAACAUUGGUCGCCUCUGUCGCGGUCCAUGAAAAACAAGUCUACCUCUCUCUCUUAUACAUUAGUCUUGUCUCUUUGUUAAAGAAAACGAAAGUAGAUAAUAUUGUUAGAGAGACUGUGCUUGGUCUCAGAAUGGGAAAUCUGUUAACCUCUACAUUUAGUGUAGUCUGUCCACGAUGUAAAUCCAAUUAACAAAACGGGUCUUUGUUGUUUUAUAAUUUGUCAGGUCUUGUAACAUUUGUUCUUGAUAGUAGACAUAAAGAAAAGAACCAUUUUAAAAUUUCAUUCUUUAUUUUUUUUUUCUUUCUUUCUCAGGAAGUGACGAAUAUUUUAUUGUAUGUUGUAUUCUUGUGUUAUAUGUCUCGAACCAAAUAAAAGCUAUUUUGAUUAAAA